UGCUCCCCUCGUGUGAUCGCUUGGGGACUCGGUGUCGUGCUUUUGUAAUAUACUGCAGUCACUAAAACCAAGAAAACAAAACACAGAUGUGAAACAAAACAAGAGGAAACAUAUACAUGGCCACAAGAUACAUCUUUGCAGCCAGGAUGCGUCGGAGGACAUCAGCGUGUAGUGUUCAUUCAGACAACAGCGAACUGGACAUAGAUGGACUUGCUCUGACAGAGCUGAAUAAGUUGCAGAGGCAGAUUCGCAUCAUGGUAGGAGCCCGGCAAGAGUAUGCCACUGAGACAGAGGAUAUUAUCCGAAGACAGUUACGAGAAAUCCAGAGCCUGAAGGAGGAGCAUGAAGAGCUACAGUGUAACCUUCGUGUGACUCAGGGAAGGAGAUGUCAAGACACAGAGGCCACCCAGGGCCUCUGCCACAUGCUGGUUUUCCAAGACAGUGUGGAAGCACAAAUGGACAGAGAGAAACGGACACUGAAGAGCAUAAAGCAAGAGAUUUUGAGACUUGAGAGAGAGAUGGCAGAAACCAGAAGAGAGAAAAUACCUAUAAUCAGUAGAUGUACCACCAGUCAUGUUUUGGAGAACAAACUGGAUCUGGGAAUUAUACGUAGCAACAAGUUAUUGUCAAAGAACAGACAGCUCAGGGAGGAUCUUACAAUUCUUCAAAUUGAACGAAAACAGUUCCAACAGAUAUACAGCAAACUGGAGAAGGAGCUGGAACUCAUUCGCAGAAAUAUCAGAGAUGUCAUGAAUAAGACCUCUGCUGCUGCUGAUGGAAGGUUGGAUAUGCAGUUAAAAUCCAUGUUUUUGAAGGAGAAAACAAUGAAGGACAUGGUACAAUACAACACGGAGUUAAAUGAACUAGAGAGAGUCAUCUCUUACAAUGAUCAGCUCAAGAGCUUCAUGAGCAUCAAGAACCAAGAGAGAACCAGUCAGGGAGAGAGUCAGGACAACAGGAAACAAGAGAAAGAAGAAAAGAAUGAGAAGGGGGUAGACUUAGAGGUGUCUUUCAAAAGAAUUCAAGACAUACUUGGAGAAGAAGAUCUUGAGAAAAUUGUGGCAAAGUUCAUUGAAGUUGAGGAUUCAAAUUUCUCCUCCUUGACCUACGUCAAUGAACAGAACAACGAGGCAGAGCACAUAAAGGACCAGAUAGAUCAGAUCUUAGAGGGGAUCGACCAUCUGAACUCCGAGUGGCAGACGCAGCAGGCUGAGCGUGCUGCUCUGAUCCAGGACAUAGCCUCUCAGCAGCAGCAGACAGAGAGGCAGAGGCAGGCCUACGAGCUGCGCAUCACAGCCAUCAACAAGAUCCUGGACCAGCUCAAAACAGGUAUAAAUGCUGUGCUUAACCAGAUCAACUGUGAUCGCUCUGAAAUCGAUGAGCAAUUGGGGGCGUCCUGCGAUAACAGGGAGAGCAUCACCAUGGCCUAUCUGGGCCUCGUGGAGCACCGCACCAAUGAGCUGCUGACCAUUCAGUCCUUUGUCGAUGCCAAGGACCAUGAGAAAGAGUACAGUGCCAUGACGACAGCGUGUCACUUGCUGGGAAAGAGUCCACCUCUUUCCCAACAAGAUCUGAUCAUCAGACCCCCUGUUCACUGGAAUGAUUCUGAUAUAGAGGAGUGUGAAUUCACCUUGGGAGAAAGAACAUUAUCCAGAGAAGAGGUCUACGAGCAAGCUUUGAAGAGGAUGCAGAGGAGGAGAAGCAGACCAGAAGUGAAAACAUCCAGAGUCAGCCUUGGGCCCAACUUCCGCCAACGCAGCCUGGCUUUGGCUUGAUGUGGCUUCCUGACCUUGUUUGCCUCGGAGGUGGACUACUUUACAGCUUAUUUUCAUAUGUACAUUUUCUGAGGACGUUAAACAAGCUAGGAAUGUGAGUCACACUUAAUGUUGCACAGAAACACUUCAUGGAGGAACCUGAUCAACCAUGUGUUCUUCAAGUCUGCCACCCUAGCUGAUAUUAGUUAUUCUUAUGUAAUGUUGCACUCAAUUACAAAUAAACAUUAGGUCCAUUUUAAAAUAUUGGAUUUUAU